AUGGCCCGGCUCGCCAAUCUUUUUCUCGCACUCACCUUACUCGUCCUCCCGGGCGUCCUCGCAUACGACGUCAAUGCAUUCUCACUCACAGCCGCCGUGGCUAUGGUCCCGGGCUUCCUCGCCCCGGCAGUUUCGGCAUACGUCGUUCCUCCAGGAGGCUUCAACCGUCUAGCUCCGCGCAAGAAGAACGACGACAAGAAAAAGGGUGCUGACGCCGCGGCUGCAAACGCCACCGACGCCGCCGCCAUCGACGCCGCCACGCAAGCCGCCGUGUCCGUCAACGAGACCGCGGCGGCGGCCAACGUCACCGACGCGGCCACAGUCGAAGCGGAGUGCGUCUCUGCCGCCAUGGCCGCCGCGCUCAACCAGACCAGCGCGGUAGACCAGGCGACCUCCGACGCCAUCGCCGCCGCGUGCGGAGCAAAUGUCACGGACGUCCAGUCUGCCGUCGCCAAUGCCACGGCCACGGAUGCCGCAAACGCUACCUCCACGGACACGGCCACGGCCGACAACAGUACCAGUACCGACACGAGCUCCAACAGCAACAAGAGCGACGGGAAAACACGCAAGGACAAGACCUCCAACAAGGACACAGGCAACGGCAACGGCAACGGUGGCAACAACAACCUCAUCGACGAGAUCGUGAGCAUCAUCGACGGUUUCGUCAACAAGCGCGAAGCCGAGGCCCAGGCCAAGAAGGCGAACGUAGUCCGACGACGAGCUGCAAGACAGUACCAUGAGCGUGCUUUCUAG